UGCUGUGAGCAAGCUCUAUGCUUCCAAUGCUCACGUGAACUCCGUGCUCAUAGGGAUGAAGAACCAGCUGGUGCUUUUGCGAGUGGCUGGUUCCCUGCAGAAGAGCAAAGAAGUGAUGAAGGCCAUGCAGAGCCUUGUGAAGAUCCCAGAAGUCCAGGCCACCAUGAGGGAGCUAUCCAAAGAGAUGAUGAAGGCUGGCAUCAUAGAAGAAAUGUUAGAAGAUACUUUUGAAAGCAUGGAUGAUCAGGAAGAAAUGGAAGAAGCAGCAGAAAUGGAAAUUAACAAAAUUCUGUUUGAAAUCACAACAGGUGCCUUGGGCAAAGCACCUAGUAAAGUGACCGAUGCCUUUCCGGAGCCCAGACCUUCAGGAGCAAUGGCUGCAUCAGAAGAUGAGGAGGAAGAAGAGGCCCUGGAGGCCAUGCAGUCCCAUCUUGCCACACUCUGCAGCUAGUGGCUGCUCAGCUAG